AUGGCCAAACAUGGAUUACAGCGGCUGGAGUCGCCGUCUCGAUCGACUUCCUUGGUCUUGCACGGGGCCGGCAUUCUCUCGUUCCUUGCGUCGUUCACCUUCCUCAAUGGCCUCACUCAUGAUAUUGCUAUGGGCUUCGGGGGGAACUACCAGCACCUCACCAACAUUGGGUUGGCUUUGUCAUUUGUGACCUUCGUCACGGCACUGUUAGCCGACAUCACGCUGAGUCCCUCGUUGUUUUCUGUGAAGAACGCUCUGUCAACUACGGCGGCACCACUGGAAGUCCUCAUCAGCAUCCUGUACUGGGGAAUUCGGUCCAUCGACAAGAGGCUAUUGAUACCGGAGGGUUACGAGCUCCAUUGGCUGCCAGACGUCGGUUUUCAUCUGGUCCCAGCUGUCGUCCUAACUCUCGACCUCGUCCUGUUCAGCCCGCCAUGGACGAUCCGUGCGUACUCGGCCAUGUCGAUCAGCAUGGCUUUUGCCUUCCUGUACUGGGGCUGGGUCGAGUUCUGCUACAGCAAAAACGGAUGGUACCCUUACCCUAUCUUUGAUCUCCUAAACACCGUGCAGCGAGUUGGGUUAUUUACCUUCUCUGCGGCAUUGAUGACGGCCAGCACGAGUCUUCUGAAAUGGGUAUAUGGACGGUUCAACGGCUACGAGCAGAUGAAGGAGGAAGCUUACAAGCCCCUGAAGAAGAUGCUGUAG